ACUACGCGCGAGAGUAAAAUCCAACCAGUGAAAGUGUUUUUGGGUGUAGCAAAACAUUAACGUUGAAUGAUAUGUGAUCAACUGAAGAACUUUCCCAUUUUUAAAUUGUAUUUUAUGUAAAUAAUAAAACAGUGAAUUUUGUGCUUCAAACCAAUUCUACGUAAAAGUUAAUAUUAAGAAUAAAGAUAUAAUCGACAGAAACCAUACUAGAAACAUCGCAACCAUUACAUAGUGCACUAGAAGAAUCGAUCUUGACCCAGAUGCCAACUCUUGCAUCAAUAGUAGUAGUAGAAAUAAUAUUGCAUACACUCACCAAAAGACGUUUUUUCUACUAAUGGUUAACGUUAAGCAGAAGAAUGUAUUAUAAUCAUUUGAAAAAUGGAGGUCAGCCCCAAAACAGUAAAACAAACGCAGUGGCAAGUGCUCAGCGAUUUAUCGAUAGCUUAUUAAAUGAAGGAAAGAGAACCUAUGUAGAAUCAAGCGUUUGUAAAAAAUGUCAGCUACCAACCUAUUACAAUGAAGCUCUUUACAAAAGGGGACAGCAGUUUUUCUUCAGGCAUAUGUUUGCGAUGUUAUUUGCCAAACUCAACGGACUUUUGGCAGUUUUAUCAAUACCUACAAUUCUGAACAUUUUAGUACUAACACAGAAGUCGAGCAGUGACUUUACUGCUUAUAUACGAUAUUUAUCGACGAUUUUUCAUAUGGUAAUAUGGUAUAAAGAAGACCUAAAUCCUGGAUCAAAGUUAUGGGGGUCUAUACAGGAAGUCAACAAAAAACACACCGCUGCUAGUAAAAAAGGCUCGACGUAUGGUCUAUGUAGAAUAUCCCAAGCAGAUAUGGCGUUUACACAGUUUGGAUUUAUGGGAUUCCAAGUAGCAAGGCCAGGAAUGGUUGGGUUGCACAACGUCACCGAAGAAGAAUGGAAAGCUUUCAUCCAUGUAUGGAGAGUAGUGGGAUAUUUAAUGGGAAUAGAAGAAAGAUUCAAUAUUUGCCGUGAAUCAGUUGAAGAAACCAAAGAAAUAUGCAACCUUUUAAUAGACAGAUCAUUUUUUCCUCAGGUCGAGAAAAGAGAUCGCACCUAUUUGAAAAUGAGUAGACAUCUGAUACAUGGUCUUUGGACAAUGAAUCCAAUACUAAGAUAUAAAGUAAUGAUGAACUACCUCUAUGAUUUACUUAAACCUGUAGAUGACAACAAUAACCAGAAAAUAUUGGAGAGCAAAGAACACAAGAAGUUAUUUGACAUGAGUCUCCUUCUGAGAUUUAGGUUUUGGAUUAUAGGAUUUGUUUUAACCAUAGUAUUGAAAUACAGUAUUUUUAGAAUAAUUUUUAAUUGGCUGGAGCAUUUGGCUCUGUGGUUGAUGGAAGUUUGUCCAUUUUUGGCUUAUUAUAGUUUUGGUAAAGCUAAUACCAUUGUUAAAAUAAAAGUUUAAAAAUAAUAAA